UGCCACGUGCGAUUAACGAUACAUCGGACAUCCGACUUGUGCAGUGUGCUCGGUCCGACACACUGACAUUUGGUACAUGUAUUAGCUACUUUUUUAUACCGAUCCGUCAAUCGUACUUCGGGGUGUUUUGUCGGGGUAAUUAUCAUUGCGUGUAACUGAUGAGGAAUAUUUCCAAUCCGCUCGAUGAUAGUAUCUCUCCGCGAGUCCGCCGGCGACUCGCAUUGAACGACAAUGUUCAGCAAAAAACUUCACGUAGACGUCAAAAAGUCAACACUCAAGAUACAGGAUGUAAAAAAGGACAGCGCUACGAGGUUUAAACAUCUGAAAAUCGUUCUUGAAAACGUAGACACGGAUGAAGCGAAGGGUUUCUUCGAGGGGAAUUUCAGUCAUGUAUACUUCAUACUGUAUGACUGCUUUGUUUCCGCGGAAGCAAAUUUACGCCAGCGUGAACUUUCCUUUCACCUCGUUCACAAGGCGCACAGAGAAGAGCUGGAACAGGUGUUACAGCUUUUAGAAAAGAUACUGACACUCCUUCCUGAGCUUCUGAAUCGAAGAUGGCAGUGCCACAGCCUUGCCAGGAUAUUGAGGAAACUUUUACACCCAGGAAACAGCUGGAAAUUACGUCGUCAAGCCAUAAGGUACUUCAUACUCUGGUACCAAGCGCUCGGCGACAAUGCUCCGGAACACAUACAUCAAAUGUUCGCCUGUCUGGUACCCGGAUUUCCACCAAGUCAGGCAUCGCCCUAUAAGCUUGAGCGUAAGUCAGAUAACAAAAAGGAUAAGCCAACGAAAUCAGCGAGCUACGAUGACAAGGAAAAGAGAGAAUUCUAUGACACGCAAUUGGGACAAAGCAUUUUCCAUGACACCGGGGUAACUCAAGGACCCAUCAGCCUGGUUGAUGGCGGGCCAAUUUUACCGCCGCAGAGCGGGGAAAAGCCACUGGACCACGAAACCGUGCGGUUUCUCGAAGCUCUACUUGACUUUAUGGUUAGCCAGGUUGUCAAGGUCGAAUGGCGAGACAAACACGCCAGACAACACAAGGCGUUUCAAUUUCUACUGGAACGAUUUAAGGCAACUUACUUGCGAUACAUCUGCCCAGAGUUUAACGACAAUUUUUCACUGUACAAACCGAAUUUAGAGCUUCCUGGAAUGAGGAAACCUUCCCCUAAUCAAGGCCAGGACGUUUACACACUCUGCAAAGUUACGCUUAUCAAAUGGGUCGCUAAAUAUACUCAUGUCACGAAGAAGGACGGUCUAUUGUUGCAGCCUUCACCAAACAUGACAACUAGUGAUGAAAAUCCAGAACCAGAACUUCGGCGUGUAUCCGUUAUCCAGAAUUCAACGGAUCCAAAUACUUUGUCUCCCGAAGUUGCUUCCCAGCAUGAAAACCAGGAGGAUAACACUGUGCUGGCCACUAAUCUAGUGCGAGAAGUCUUCUACGGGAACCGAGACAAUGUUAAUUUCGUUCACGAACUUUACAGACAAGCAUUUCUACUAGAUUUCACUCACGCUGGUGCUAUAAGAAAGGCUAUUGCUGUUUACAAAGACUGGAUACAAAUGAAUGAACUUCCAUCAUUCAUGCUAGAGCCCUUGGAGAGUCAUAAGGACAGAGAAAUUGAAGAUCAAGUGAAGAGGGAGGCUUUAAUUAACGAUCGAAGUCCACCGGAAAGCUACAGACAGACUAGACUGAGAAACGAUUCGUAUCUUGGAGCUAUUCACAGGGAAAAUUUGUUUGUGAGGGCUGGAUUGCAAAAUGUUUUACAAGUUUUUGUAACACAAGCUUCAAACGUAUUUUUCUUAGAAACGCCAGGGGGUAAUGCGUCCGCAACUCUGUUAGAGGAACAAACUGAUAGCUGUAAACGUGUGCUAAAUGUUUAUCGCCACGUCGUUAUGCAAGUCAGACUUGAACCCGCCACCUGGGAACAAUUACUACGAGUAUUACUACAGAUAACAUCUUUGGUACUAAGCGACAAAACAUCGCGUAGAAAACAACAAGAAAGUAUCGGCGGUAAAUUGGCGCCGGCGAUAUUUCAGACUCUGAUAGUAACUUGGAUCAAAGCUAAUUUAAACGUUGUUAUAUCUACUCAGCUUUGGGACCAAUUUCUCGCCGUUUUAACUUCCCUAACCCAAUGGGAAGAGCUGAUUCGUGAAUGGGCUAAAACUUUAGACACUCUAACCAGAGUUUUAGCAAGACAUGUGUACAAUCUUGAUCUCAAUGAUCUACCACUGGAUCGGCUUAGUGAGCAAAAGUCAAAGAAAAGACGAGGUAUCGGCAGCCGUGCCGCUUCAACGGGAUGUGUUCAGCCCCAAAGGAGAGGAAGUGUUGAUCAUGAAACUGGGGCAACCAUGAAGGACAGUGUUACUGAUCAUCCACUGCGCGACCCUAGAAAAUUCCGUCCGCUUCCGAGAAGCGCUAGCGAUAACACAAUAUACAAUGGAAAAGGAAAAAUUAAGCUGCACAGACAUCGCACUCACACUAUACAUUCCGGAGUUCCUGUACUCCCCUUGUCAAUAGAGCAAGAUAUGGCAAGGCUAUUGUCCACUACUGCUACGACUACAACGGGUAACGAGCCUGCAACAACAGUAUCAAAAAUGUUACCAAGCAGACGCACUAAGUCAUUGGACAGCGUCGUUGUCGUCGACAGCGAACCUCCAUCUCCGCGCUGUCCUUCGCCUACACCCAGCAGUGGCGUCGAUAGCAACAAGGAUAGUCCAAUACAGAUAGAAAAUAUUGAUGGGAACAGCAUUGAUACAAGCGAUGUAUCGGAAAGACGAUCAGUUAUGGCUGGAGGCGGAGUUCCUGGUUGGCUACCAGACGUCGCUGUAGCUUUGUGGCGACGAAUGCUAUCAGCAUUGGGCGAUGUUAACAAUAUUCAAGACCCAGCUCUUCACGGACAAGUUAUGGACUACCUUGUCCAGCUGACUCACACACUGAUAAAAAUUCGUUUAAACCAAGGAGUGUCCGGCGACAAUCAAGGCACACCUCCUGUACCAGACUUAAUUCCACCAUUGACUAUAAUCGCUCCCUGGUGCUUCAAGGCGAUACAGUUGCCGCAACAGUAUGAAGUUGGAAGACUAGCCGCAUAUCGUUUGAUUUGUCUUCUCACUGUUCAACCGAUGGACAUAUCUCUUCCCAAGCCACAUUUAACGCUAUUUUACCGCGCUGUACACAACGGAAUAGUCAGCAAUAACACCAAGGUUCUUCACGCUCUUGUAAAGUACACGGGACCCAGAUUAUUCAGCCUCAAUCUGCCUGGUUCCAGUUUACUAAUUCUCGACUACAUCCACGCAGCUAACGUCAUACUCAACAGCAACGACGUUGAGGCGCCCAGAACAGAAGCUGUUUCCAUAUUGGGAUCGCUGCUCUCACUACCAGCUACAGUUGCUAAACUUCCAGUAUUACAGCCCUCUGGAAGCGAUAUCGUAACAGUAACGUGCCCCGAUGCGAAGGAGCACAUUGUGACGAUCCUGAUCAGGAGUUGUCGCAGAGAACCAACGGGUGUGGCAAGGUGUGUCGCACUUUCCAGCAUUGGCAUGUUUGUCUACAGAGAAUUGUCGCAUAAAACGCAACAUGCCAGAGUGCCAGAAGCUGUUACGGUGCUUCUUCUAGGCCUGAGGAGGUUGCAGGUUGCUGGGCAGCGAAAGGAUGGGAUGAAUUUUCCCCUGCUAGACAAGGCAACUCACGCGACAGUUAGUCAAGUUGCUUGUGAUGCUCUUCUGUUACUCUGCGACCAAGCAGAUGUACUGUUGGAACUUUAUCCAAACAUUCCAGCCAAAAUUAUUCAGGUUCUAGCAGAGACUCUUGGUCGCAUGACUGGUCGUGAAAGGCGAAGCGCUUUGGCAACUUCGAUGCUGUUUUGCCUCGGCGAAUGGGCUAUGCAGCUGGGACCGUCUGUACUACUACAACCAUUCCAUGGAAAGCCGUUGCUUCUAACAUUAUUUACAGUAUUAGACAACAUUAUGCAUAACAAAAUUAGCAAAGAUUUACAAGACUCGGCAAAGUGUUACCAGCCUGACUCCGACGAUUUUGAUCCUGAUAUUUCUCUAGACAAUUUAGUCGACGAUACUGGUAUGAAAUCACCGAGGCGUGGAAACGUUCAAUCAGUUCAGCUGGCUGCUCAAAUGGUGUUGAUGCACCUAGUAAAUCAUCUUGGACAUUUUCCAAUGGGCAUUGGUGCCGCUCGUCUUUCAUCUCUUGUAGUCGAGCUUGACGACAUUCCUGGAAUAGACAGCGACGAACUGUCUUCGGCUGUUUUCCAAGUUCCAAACGUCCAGCUCUUGAUGCUAUCGAAUUCAAUAAUACUUUCGUUAGUCGAAUUAGCAGCGCUGGAUGCGCCUGGCGGCGGAGUCACCGCUGGCUUGACAACUGCUCCAUCAACGGUACGAGUUCUGCUUCGAGAUUUGGCCGGCAAGGCUUCAUGGGAUAGUUCCAUUCUCUACAGUCAACCCUUCGUUGACGACGACUUACCUCCACCCUUUGGAAAGCCAGUCGAUUGGUCCUCGAAAUUACGCAGAGAAGAUCUGAGCAGCGUACUGCCAGCGCAAAGCAGUCCUCCUCAACACACCAUGAGACACAGAGAGCCACACAUUCUUCCCACGUUUGCGAAUGCUGCCAGUGACAUGGAUAAUCUUGAUGAUCUCCUGCAAUACAUAGGCCACACCAGCCCUGAAGUAUUAACGAAUCCAGAAAUAGCGCUUAACGCUCCUGCAAAUUCGCCACAAGGGCCUCAACUUGAAAGUGAAACUAUUGCUUCUAUUUUAGGGCAAAGAAAUAUGGAGAGAGAUCACAUUAACAACUGGAAUCAGCAUAUCAGCAUGUGUGCAGCGGCAAUUAGUCCUCCAUCCUGUCGUCCACCGCCCGCACCAUUUCAUCACUGUCGCCUUCUGUUUUCGCAUCUCGGUCUGUCAGGCUGGGAGCAGAGACGAAAAUUACACUUGCUUUCUAAAAAUGAGAAGCUAUUGAGAGAGUUGAGAAAUUUGGACAGUCAGCGUUCCAGAGAGACCCAUAAAAUGGCAGUUAUCUACGUCAGCCAGGGCCAAGAGGACAAGAAUUCUAUAUUAAAUAACGUAACAGCUAGCAAAGAGUAUGAAAACUUUGUGGCUAGGCUCGCAUGGGAAAUAGAAUUGGAAUCUCAUACUGGUUUUCUCGGUGGCUUGGUUCCUGGAAAAGCUAGCGGCGUUACUGCUCCUUAUUUUGCAACAUCCUUCACCGAGGUUAUCUUCCAUGUCGCUACUAGAAUGCCUUCCGACAGCCCAGAGAGUCUUCUGCAAAAGACAAGGCAUCUUGGUAACGACGAAAUUCACAUUGUGUGGUCUGAACAUUGGAGAGAUUAUCGCAGGGAUAUUAUACCCACAGAGUUUUGCGACGUCUUGAUAGUCAUUUAUCCCUUGCCUAACAAACUAUUUAGAAUUCAAAUAUCAAGGAAGACAGAAAUCCCAUUUUUUGGACCACUGUUCGAUGAAUCAAUUGUAGAAGAUGCAGUCCUACCCGGAUUGGUCAGAGCAACCGCACUUGCCGCCAGCAGAGCUAAAAGAUCAACCCUGACGCUGUACCAGCAUUAUUACGAGGAAAGAGCAAGGUCUCUCGAUACUGUGGUAAGAAAUCACAAGGAAGCUACAACUUUUGAGGAGUUUGCGGCAAAUGUUUACUCCCCUGUUCAGCCACCAAGUCCUUUCAGCUGCACAUCUUCUGUUUCCGGUUCUAUGACGAGCGUACAGUCAACCGCUUCUUCGAAUCUUGCGGCAGCUCUUAUCGACUCGCAUCACGGAAGACCUAGUCUUCGGAGUAGUUCAGCAGCCAGCAGCGACAAUAGAGCAAAUAGAGUCUUGCAUAAUCUAUUGCGAGUAUCAGAUGGAAGCAGAGUAUGGUUUAGCAGCGAUACAACAGAUACCUCAACGCUGCAUGGAAUCUCGCCGAGACCAGUGAAAAGAAUGUCUUUCAAAACUGGCCCAAAACACAAAGGAACAUCUCAGGCUACACCACCGGAUAGUCCUAGAUACAAAUAGCAGAGUAGUAACACGUUUUCGUUGUAUAUUUGGGAAGUAUUAUGUUUCUUUUUUACAAUUUAAAAAUUUGCAACCGUCAUGCUGAUGGUUUAGUAAAGAUCGGUGGAAAUGUUCUGGUCAACUCACUGAAUGAAAUAUUCAUUAUUAGAUUAGGGUGAAAAGUUAUGUACAACUUUAUGUUUUCAUUACUUUCUCUUCUUUCUGUUGUAAAUUAAUUUUUUAAUAACAGUAGAGAACACCAUUGUUUAUUUAUACCAAUUAACGAUUAUGCGUUUUUCGUAAGAUCAAAUUAUUAAUAUUACGUUUUUAUUUAUUAAUAAUUAUGAUUGUAAAUAAUAAUAAAAGUAAUGAUAAUAAUAGUUAUAGAAAGCUGCAAACAUCUCUAAUGCAAGAUUUAGGUAAUGGGAUUUUAGAAUAUUUGGAUAAAUAUUAUACUAACAAUUAUAAUGAUAACGAGAAAUCAAAGAUUAUUGUCAGCGUUGCAUCAUUGGCAUUUUCCAUAAAAGGAAUAACCCGAAAAAAAAUGCAUAAAAGCUGCGCAACGUUUAUCUAUAUAGACGUAUAGAAAGUUGGAUAAUACAUAAAAUCGGAAUGAUUUAAACUAAUUUACCCAACUAUAUUUGUAUAUUUUACUUAUAUGAAAUAAUUCGUAGGAUUUUUUUUUUUUUUUAAUUUUUUUUUAUUUGCUUCAAACGAAUAAAUGGAUAUGUAACAAUUAGGCGGUGCUACCUCAUUAUGUGCGAGAGUAACUUAUUUAUAUCUUCUUGCAUCGAGCAUAAUAAUAGUAAAUACAACUGUUUGCUUUGUCAAGCUUUAUACAACACUAUAUUCCAGAAUUUUAUAAUGUCCUAUUUGAACGUGUUUCCUAAACCGAAUUUGAGCUACCAUUUGUACUUUGGGGAAUUGAGAUGAUCCCCCUUUAAAAAAAUAUUUUCAAUUUUUCCGUCCUUAGAUUUAAUUUCUUAUAUUAUAUUAUAAAUAUUGUUAUAUGUCUAGUCUAUCUGUAUUAAAUUUCAUAGUACUAAAUUAUAUAGAACCAUAUAUACACACAUAUAUUAUUUAAUCAUCUGCAUUAAGCGUUAUAAUUUGAGAAUUGGAUAUUAGUUAACACAGUCCAAAUGUUGGGCAAUAUUGUAUCAUCGGAGAGUUUAAACUGAUUUUGUUCGUUGAUUGAAAUAACUGUAUUUAUUUUAAGGAACUUUCAACGUAAUUAGACUCACCUUUAAUAUCCUUAAUCAUGCAGUAAGUGCUCUAACGAUAAUCAAAUUCCAAUCUAAGUAUUACCAAUUACAGAAUAUUUUCUUCAUCAAGCUUUUCCAUACUGUGUAUAAAGUAUAUCUCAUCAGUUACAUUUCUUGGCCUGAAAUCCACUUUAUUUCAAAAUUAUCUAUGUACUGAGUUGUACAAUUUAACUAAAUUUCAGUAUAUUACUUGACACAUUCGUAAAGCUUUAUUUCCGCAAUUUUGUCGUUAUUCAUUCCGAGCAAACUAAUAAUGGCUUUACAUUAGUUAUAUACAAAAAUAGGAAUUAUUCGCUAUGCAACAGAAGAAGAAACCCGCUUUUAAAUACCCUGAUAAAAAAGUUGAUGAAACAUGCUAGAUGUUAGUCAGUAUUUACACUCCAGAAAAUAAAAUAUAUGGAAAACACAAAAUAUUUCACUAUAAAAUUAUUUGUUGCGUAUGUAUGAUAUGAUAUACAUACCUUCAUAUCUAUAUUACAUGUAAAUCGUAGUUGGAUACGAAUAUUACAUACUUGAUUAGUAACAUUGUUAUAAAUGCAUUUAAAAUUAACAAAAGUAUCACAUGACUUCAAUGCUACAUCAGAUUGCACUAUCAUAAAUCAUUUGUUAUAUGGAUACACUUCUAUAAACGUCUUACCAAAGUCGAUGAACGCUUUUGUUAACAGUACGUUACUGAACACUACGACCAGAGCAUAUACACAUAAACAAGAUCUUAAAAUGUCAACAAAGGUCAAAUUGAUGCAUCUGUAACAUAAAGACAAUCUAGAAUUAUUCGUCAUAUUUUUACAGAAAUAGAUACAUAUACUUCGGAUAUUUGUUAUCGAAUUAUGACAUAGUAAAGGAUGAUAUAAAUAUUUACUUUUUAAAACGAAA